UAUAUCGUGCAGGACAGUCACUGCUGGCUGUUACUCGUCACUCCAAACUUUGUGAAGGAUGACUGGUGCUCGUAUCAGAUGCACCAGGUCCUGUCUGAAGGGCCCAUGUCACAGAGGAUCAUCCCGGCUGUAGUAAACAUGCCCAGAUCACAGCUCCCGCUCGAACUGCGCUUCCUUUUUACUGUGGAUCUGAACACGAACAAAGAGUUCGGCUACACUCUAGUCUACAAGACGGUACUUCAUUAUUUGAAGGACAUGUCUGAGAAGGAAAAGCCCAGCAGUGCACCUCAGUCUGACGGCUGAGAACAGACUACCAACAUUCAUUGUAUUGACCGCAAUGACAAGAUUCUUCACUUCCAAGAAGUGACAUCCAAGCAGCCAAGCUGUAUCGUAACUCUAUAUGCACAGUCUCUCCGUCUAAUGUCUCAGAGUUUUCAAAAUUAAAAUUAAAGAUGAAUUAUGUCAAAAUUGGUUCAUCUA